AUGUGCACUGCCACCGCAACACCGCUGGCCCGUCAGGUGGCCACACGGGCCCUGCGGAGGGCCGGGGACUCCGCUCCCGUCACCCUGCCAACCAUAACCGGCCUAGCUGGGGGCGCACGGCCGCGUGACGCCACGCCGCUGCUGGUCCACGCAUCCCCCGACGGCGCCGCCACCGCCGCGACCACUCAGUCGUCAUCGUCUCUGUCGCCGCAGCCCUCCAGUCCUCGGCCCCGGCCACUCGGCCCCGGCGGCGGCUACCACACCGCCCCGCAACUACGGCAAUCCACGACACUCGAACCCCACGUCGAGUCCGACAUUGGCUGCCAAGACAUCGCCGUCAGCGCCGCAAACGCAGGUGCAGGCGUGACCACGGGUCCCUCCGCCAUCUCCGUGCCCUGCACCGACGUGCCCGGCGGUUGCUGCGGCGCAGUCCCCGGGCUAUCGCGGCAACCGCACGCCAGCGCGCGGGAGCGCUUCUCCCGCCUCUCCUCUAUCGGUGCCAGUGAAGCUAUGGGCGGCGGUCGGGACAGCUUAGGCACCCAAGAGGGCUGUAGGGAGCCACACAACGAGGGGACGACGUCGACGCCGUUACCGCCUCAAAGCGCGCGCAGCAUGCCUUUCUGCAAUGUUAGGACAAGUAAGGACAAGUCGCCCCUGCGUGCUGCCUCUAGCACCAGUGCCUUCGCUGUCGCCGUCACUUCAGCCGCCGCAGCGCCAGGCUUCCGAAACGCAGCAGCAUCGCACAGCAGCGCCAGGACCCUACCCACCGCGCCGCGUUUGUCGCUGCGGCCUCACGGCAUCAUGCCGUACAGUCAUUAUGGCCAGAGCCAGCGCGCCAAGCAUGGUCGGAUGCCACCUCGACGCAUAAGCGAUUACAGCAUGCACCCCAUGCCGCCUACUUCGACGUCGCUCAUGGAGUUAAAGUCUAUGGCAGCUUCCAUUAAAGCCCCGGCACCGACAUUACGGUCGACUCUGACAAAGCCUCCAGAGGCACCUCCAGCGUCACCGCCAGACACGUCAGCGGUGGCGGCAUCAGCAGCGCCUCCGCCGCCGCCAGCGGCCAUCGCGGUCACAGCCGUAGCGGAGAAUGCUGCCCUCGCAGCUACUGCCCGCUCAUCGGCCUUGUGCUCCAGCCGCAGUGUCGAGCCCAGUGCUCCUCCCGAAGACUACACAGGCGACGGCACGGGAACCGGCUCUGAGACCACCAGCUUUACGCGUAGCGGUAGCGGCAGGGUUCAGGCGCUUAGCAGCGGCGUCUGCGACCCACCUACAGCGUCUAACACCUCCACCUGCACAUCCACAUCGACCUUCACGCCUAUGUCCUCCACGGGAACCUCCACGGCCGUAUCCGCGGAGGUGGCCUUGUCACGGAAGGGCUCCGAGGGUGAACCCCAGCCUCAGCUGGCGCAGCAGCUGCACGCCGAGAUGCCACCUACUCCCCCCGCUGUGGUGGGGCAACUGGAUUCGCCGCAAGGAAUGCAGCAGCAGCAGGAGCAGCAGCAGGAGCCGCUAAAAGAGUGUUCUUUGCAGGAGUCACCUUUUGCACGUUGUACGCCAGACUCCCCGGCUCCUUCAAUGCCCACAGCCGCAGCAUCCCCGGCAUCGCCGGCCGAUUCGUGGCAAGUGCCGGCGGCGUCGCCGCCGCGGCAGGCGGCUGGAGCCCUCACGGCAGUAGCAGCAGCGGCAGCGACGCCGCCGCCUGCGGGCGCGGGGCACCUGCUGCCACCGGCGCAGUCGACGUUGGGCGAGUUCGUACCACAACGGACCCCGGGCCAGGGUCUGAUUCACUUCUCCCCCGAGGCGCCUUUGCAGAUGCUGCGGGCUCCCGCGUCCUGGGCCGUCGCAGAUUAUAAGGUCGUGCGGAAGUUGUACGCGGGCUAUGCGAGCUCCGUGUACAAGGCCCGCUGCCUGUACUCGGGAAAUGAUGUGGUGCUCAAGGCCUACAACCUGGCGGGUCUGUCCACAUUCCUCCGAAACCAAGUGCUUAGGGAGCUGGACAUACAUUCACGACUGAGGCAUCCGGGUGUCGUACAUCUGUUGGCGGCGUUUCGGGAGGAUGAAACCCUGGUUCUGGUUCAGGAGUACAUUCGGGGCGGCUCCCUGGAGCGUGUUCGUCGCAAGCUGGGCGGUCGCAUGAGCGAGUUUCAGGCCAUGCACCUGGUUCUGCUGCCGCUGCUGGGUGUGCUGAGCCACCUGCACGAGCAGGGCAUCGUGCACAGGGACAUCAAGCCGGAGAACCUGCUGUUCACGGAGAGCUGGCAGCUCAAGUUGUGUGACUUCGGAGUGUCCAUCUGCCUGAGGGAGGAGAGGGCGGUCACGAGGACGGGGUCACGCGAGUACAUGGCGCCGGAGGUCAGCAUCUGCCCGCUGAAACACCUUCCCGAAGACAACAAGGACAACCUGUCGCUGGCGUACACAUCCGCCGUGGACGUGUGGUCCCUUGGUUCGCUGAUGUACGAGCUGCUGGUCGGCUUCACGCCCUUCCCUGGAGGUCCCCCCCCGCGGCGGGAGGGCGCGCGGGGCUCGGCGGGGGCGGCGCUGGCAUUCCCGACCGGAGUCAGCCAGGCGGCCAGGGCGUUUGUGAGGGACUGCCUGCAGCUGGAACCGGAGGACAGACCCACGGUUCACAAGCUGACCCGGCAUCUCUGGACCCAGGAGGCGCUGGAGUACAAGGCUGACCCUUCCAGCAGCACCUAA